UCUUCAUCUAGACGUGCUGGCCUAUGUUGCACUAACUGCCACACAACCAAUACCACCCUCUGGAGAAGGAAUGCUGAAGGGGAGCCAGUCUGCAAUGCCUGCGGGUUGUACAUGAAGCUCCAUGGGGUACCACGACCUCUGGCCAUGAAAAAGGAAAGCAUCCAGACAAGGAAAAGGAAGCCUAAGAACAUUACCAAAGGCAAAACCUCAACAGGGUCUACAACUUCGGCCACUAACUCCCCUUCUUCCAUUACGAACUCAGACAGCACGGUCACUUUAAAGUCAGAGCCCAGCGCAUCCUCACAGUAUCCCGGACAAAGCAUGGUGUCAGUGUCCCAGGCGCAGAGCCAGUCAGAUGAGGCGCUGGCCGGCGGCCACGGCGAGUUCAAGUUUGAGCCUGAGGACUACACCUUCUCGCCCAACAGCAUGGCCCCGCAGCCCGGGCUGAGUGUGCCGCUCCGGCAGGACUCCUGGUGUGCCCUGGCACUCGCCUAG